CUAUCACCACAUCCUCCAGUGGCGUUUGCUAUGUUGGAUCUAUUGCAAACAGAGGUCAGCAGAGAGAGAGAGGGGAAAGAGACGGAAUGAAGUGAAUGAAAUGGUACGUGGCUGGGCCUUUUUCUAACGUGACUGUGGAUGUUUGGCGUGUCAGUGCCGGAGGGACGCUGCAGUUGAGUGGAGUUGACGUCAAAGCCUGUGACACCAUCAUCACCACCGGUCCACUCUAUGCUGAAGACACAUCUGUUCCCUUCAGGCACUUUUCCCAGCUCUCACUGUUCCCACAGUGCAUCUCAGUUACAAGGCUAUCAGUGGGCAUCGCUCUGCCUGGUCAGAGCCUCAGGGCAGACGGACUGAAUCAAGCACUUUACGCAGCAGCUACCAUUAGGGAGUCCAAAGAAAAAGAUAACACCCACCAUCCAUUAAGGAAGUCAUGCCCAUCUGGUCCCCUCAUGGCAGGGUCACUAUGACGAUCACCUUCUUCUGCUCCCAGCCAGUGUUCAUACUGGCAGUGGCUGUGCUCCUCUGCCCAGUUAGCCAGGUGACCUGUCAGGAGGAAGGCGAAACACAGUCACCUGCCCAGGUUCUUCAGGACCUGCUGGCCCGCUACGGAGACAACAGUACCAUCACGGUGCCCCAGCUGCGCUCACUUCUGGCUCUGCUCAGCCAGAGUCAAAGUGAAAGCCCAGAUGACGACAGAGAUGAGGCAGAGACAACUACAAUCACCCUUCCCAAAACAAACAGCUCAAAGUGCUUGCCUGCAGACACACUGGCUAUUUACAACAUCAGCGAGCAGUCACGGCUGGAUGGGCAGGGUCUCCAGAAGCUGUGCCCCACCAUGCUGCAGCAGCUGGAUGCUGGGACCUGCAAGGUGAAAAAGGAGGAUGAGUUAAGCCCGGACCCGUCUCUCAGACCUUCAGAUGCAGAAGUGUGGGGUUAUGGGAUCCUGUGUGUGACACUGAUCUCUCUGUGUUCACUGAUUGGGGCCAGCGUGGUGCCCUUCAUGAAGAAAACCUUUUACAAGCGACUGCUGCUCUACUUCAUAGCCCUGGCCAUUGGCACGCUGUACUCCAACGCCCUGUUUCAGCUCAUCCCUGAGGCCUUUGGUUUUGACCCGAUGGUGGACUUCUACGUAUCCAAGUCGGCGGUGGUCUUCGGAGGGUUCUACCUCUUCUUCUUCACAGAAAAAGUUCUCAAGGUUCUCCUUAAGCAAAGGCAGGGGAGCCACGGCCACAGUCACUACAGCGGUGCAGAUCGCUACUCGUCACCCAACAGGGAGGUAGAGGAGGGGGAGAAGGAGACGCUGCAGCAGAACGGAGAGGCCAACAGUCUGGCUCAGGGAAAAGUGGACGGAGCCGGGGAAGGAGAGCUCAUGCUCAGCCCCGCUCAGACGCCACAGGAGUCUCAGAGUACAGACAAUGGGGCGCGGUCCGCCAGCCGAGGUGGCGGCUGCUACUGGCUGAAAGGAACGACGUACUCUGACAUCGGCACGCUGGCCUGGAUGAUCACGCUAAGUGAUGGUCUGCAUAACUUUAUCGAUGGCUUAGCUAUCGGUGCCUCCUUCACCGCCUCAGUCUUCCAGGGCAUCAGCACCUCUGUGGCUAUCCUUUGUGAGGAGUUCCCUCAUGAGCUUGGUGACUUUGUGAUCCUCCUGAAUGCUGGCAUGAGCAUACAGCAGGCUCUGUUCUUUAACUUCCUGUCGGCCUGUUGCUGCUACCUGGGAAUGGGGUUUGGUAUCCUGGCUGGCAACAGUUUCUCUCCCAACUGGAUCUUUGCUUUGGCUGGAGGAAUGUUCCUCUACAUCGCUCUGGCAGACAUGUUCCCAGAGAUGAACGAGGUGAGUCGGGAGGAAGAGGACGCGGGUGGCACCAGGUUCCUCAUCACCUUCGGCAUCCAGAACGCAGGACUCCUGACAGGCUUCUCCAUCAUGCUCAUCCUUACUACAUAUUCAGGACACAUGCAGCUGGGUUAGCACCAGACUCUUUGAGAGGGAUUUGAUGAUAGAAACUGGGCCCAAAUGAAGAAAAAGUGUUAUUUUUUUAGUUUAGUUUUGCUGUAUCUUGGUGGAGUUUUGGGGGAUUUGAUUGUGCGGCAGGAACGCACACUCCUGCAUUGAAAAGAACUGACUAUCAGCUCUGACAUGCAGUAAUGUUCAGGCCCGUCUGUCCGCGGACCUUUUCCUCCUUCAUUCUUUCCUCCCUUUGGCUAUUUUAAAACCUCAACUGAAUCAGUCGACCAAUACAAACGGAUUCUCCUUUAAUGAAAAUCCCAUUUUCCUUUAGUAGGCUCUUUAUACCGCUUCAUAUUGUUUAGGGUCCUCCUCUUGUCUGUACUUCUUUAUUCUUACCAGCUUGGAUGUUACUCUAACUGGGCUGAGGUCUGUUUAGGUCCAUGCAGAGUAAUUAUACCAGUGAUCCUUUGUGAAAGCAGGUCAAGAUAAUAGCUGCUGUGAACCUCAUUUUACUCUUUUUUUUUUAUUUUUUUUAUUCAUGCUUUCACAUUUAAUACCAAAAAACACCAAUCUUGCAAUACUUUGAACUGGAAAUAUUCUUCAGAAACUGACUUUUGUUUGAACUUGUAUUGUCUGAUCAUUGGUUUUGUUACACAUUUAAAAUGUGUGAAACCGACUUUAAAAGACCAAACAUGGUGAAGGGCUACAGAGUGAUUUUAGAACAUUAACGCUUCAUCGUGUGCGUUAUGAAGUUGUUUAGAUUCUCUAAUGUUUUAUUUAUUUUGUUUUUAGAAAAGAUGCACCUGCGUGCAGCACCCACGCUGUGGCAUUUCUCUAUAGUUUACCAUCUGUGCCCUUCAUUUAUAUAGCUAUGAUUAGUUUUUUAGAUGAUGAUUAUUAUUAUUAUUGUUAUUAUUAUUAUGGGUAUUCAGGAGUGCAAAUCUGUCAUCUUUGCACAUCUUAUGCAUUACUUUUAUCCUCAAAUGAUCUGUUGUUUUACAGCAACUACAGCUUCAUGACCAUAUCUCUAUGACAGCCAUAACUGAAGGAGAACUUUAUGGGCAGUAAGUUCAACUUCUUGUCAUGACUAAAGUAUGUGGACUGAGAUGGUUCCAUGGAUAUUUGUUUGUUAUUAAACAGGUAUCUAUAAAGAUGAUUAGUCAGCAGUGAAUAAAAAGGUUCUAAAUAAAAUCCGUCAGACUUUACUACAAAUCUGGAUGAAAUUAUUUUAUGCAAAAGGAACUUAUGACGAACAUUUGGAUUACUUGAGCCUGAUGAAGUAGCUCCAAAAAUGGGUAAUAUUUAAAUAGCGACUGAUCAGCAAAGAUUUACUAAUUGAUUUAAUGUUAAAUCAAGGAAUUAAAAAAAAAACAAAAACACCAAAUUAUCACAGCUUCAAACCUCUGAAAAAAAACAAGACCUUCCUUCUGCGUCCUGGUUGAUUUAGUUUAGGAGGAGCUUUAAACAUGAUGAAGGUUCACAUCUGCCAUUAAAAUCCUGUCCAGACAGAAAAAUAUCUUAAAUUAAGUAACCUGACUGAGGCAAUAUGGGACAGGGGAAUGAAAACCAAAUGAUCUGUAACGCUGCAGAGCUCAAGUAUCAGAGAAAAAGCUCUAAAGAUGUUGUCGUCCAGUAAGGUGAAAAAAGCCGCUGUCUUCAGAACUUCACUGCGCACAUGGCCGAAGCACUGCUGUAUAACUGAGUUCAAAUUCUGAUUAUGAUCCAGUGGGUCAAAACAAAAAUGAUACUGCAGAGAAGACUUACUCACCCAGCGAUCUGCUCAACCAUUGACUGAUACCAUCCCCACAAAUGAUCUUUUUCAUUUAAAAGGAACCACACAAAUGCUUCAUUUCCAAAAACAUGGUCAGAAUAUCCCCUCAGAAAGGUGGUUGGUUAUUCUUUUAAUUAUCCGACGGCUAUGCAAGAAGUUUUAGUCCCGCUGGCAUUUGUCUCCAAGGACAAAAACUUCCUGCUUCCCAAAAUCUGCUGAUAAAGUAGUAUAUACACUCCUCUUUUCCGCCUUGAAACUAAUCAGUCCUUUAAGACUGCUUCAGCCUGUAAUAUAAACUUGAAUUAUAUUAUUAGGUGUUUUAACCCUUUUAAAGGGGAACAAAACUCUAAAUUUUCAUAGAAUACAUUUCAAGGAGAACGUGAUUGUUAUUAUUAACUCCGGAGAUGUGAAAUAAUUGUCGGCAUCAUUGAUUUUAAUGCAUUAUUUUGUUUUUCAAUGAUGUUAGAGACUGUAUCAACAGCAGCGUUCCAACUUAGCUUUUAGUUAUUAAAAAUCUUUAAAGAACAAGUGAAAAAGUUUAUGGAGCAAAAUAUGACUUUAAUUACAAUAAUCACCAUGGGACGAUCAUCUGUUUAGUGUGUUGAUACAGAAAACGAGCUUCGCUGUCCCUUCAAACAUUCUGAUAUCUUACAAAUACAUGGCCCAGAUUUUUCUAAAUCCAACAGAGAGAAAAAUAUCCAAGAUCAGAUCCUUUGAUCCAUUAUGAGUUUUUAAAAGAAGUGGGGAACACUAUUUUUGUUAAAAAUGUAAUCAAAUAAGCUCCUGGAUGGUGAAGCUUAAAUAGCAGAGCAGAAUCAGUGCUGGUUGAUAAUGUCUGGGACUAUUUAUUUUCUUUAAGCCAUGAAAUAUUUAUUUACACUCCAAGCCAUGGCGGCAGUGAUGUUUUCUGUUGUUUUGUUUGUUAUCUUUGCUUUUUUUUGAAACCUCAUUAAACAAAAUAUGUAAUGCAGUAAGUUAAAAUCUUUACUGAACAUGGAGCAUAAGAUGACACAAAGCCAGUUCAAAAACAUGCAAGCCAACUGAAGAAAAACUGUUUGGAAGUUUGAAUGAUUCCCAUUCUCUCUCUCUCUCUCUCUCUCAUGUGUGUAUAUAUGGAUCAUGUUCAAAGUAUUGUAUGCAAUGUAGUUUAUUGUUAGCCUUCUUUGUCAUGAAACAUUUUAUAAACAUUGUUUUCUAUAAAA